AUGGUUGUGGCUGCCUUCAUCGAUGAGAUUUCGGUGCGCCACCCGGGCGGAGAUUUGUAUGCGAAAGACCUGCUUGACGUUGAGCCUAAUGCUACAGUCUUUCUGGGGCACACUGUUUACGAUGCUGUGGUUACUACGGGUUCCAGUAUUGCUUUUAUUGACGCCCGCGCUGCCUGUGGUGGUCGGGAGGUCCGCCUUACUACAACCUCUUUCGUCGACUGCUCUGGGAAAUCCAUCCUAGGCAUAUACUCAGGCGCAGAGACGCUAUACGGCCAAGAAUCACAAGCAGAGUGCGGCGAGCAUCUAGCUCCCGCCCAAGCCGACAACAUGCACCACGGAAACACCGUCUUUUUCCGCACGCGCAUGGCAGACGUCCCAGUAUCCUUUCCCAGUGUCCCAUGGGCCACAGAAGUCACCAAAGACUUCUCAGACCUACGGGGACAGCUCACAUAA